CCACCACCACCACCACCACCAUCAACACCUCCUCCACCCUAGUACACCCCACCCCUCUACUAAAAGGGACACGGGGGAGAGAAGCAGAGGGAGGAGGAGAACAGAACCUUCGGGACACCUGUGCUGUCGGUUCGACUGAACAUUCUGGCUCUUUUAUCAGUGAAGUCUUCACCUCCACCCAGACUGUGGCACACGACGGUGGAGCUGCUGAUGUAGACGCGCCAAGCACGGGAUCAGACUGGAGUGACGGUGACGGAGGGGAGGCAGCCGCAGCAUCAGUGCCAGCGUCAGGAGGACCAUCAUCAGGAGGCGGUCAGCGGAUGGAGAUGCGCCGCGAAGGCGGAGGAAGGAUGACGAUGAGGAUGAGGAGGGUGAUGUAGCAGGUGCUGCAGGGUCGUGCCGCAUUGCCUGGUCCGCCGAGAGCGACGCCGGGGGAGCAGGUGAUGCUGUCGUCGUCAUUGUGCCACCGAGAGACGGAGAAAGACAGGAGGAGGCGGAGGUGAUGGAGGAGGACAGGCUGUGACAUGGAGGGACGCGGCAGUGAGAGCUCGGGCCGCCCGGAUCAGCAGGUUUCAGAAGGAGAGAAGCCACAGAUGAUGAUCUGAGAGCUCGGUGAAAUAAUCUUAGGCUAAACGUUCAAGUCAAAAAUUCUCUGGAGUUGAAUUAGUGGAAAUGCGUGUGCGUGUGCGUGUGAAGCUGCAGGAGCUGCACAGCAGCGGCGUCUGCUCCACUUCACCCCGGAUUACAGCUCCACAGCAGCAGGCCUCCAUCUGAGGUCUCCUCCUCACCAGACACAACAUCACUCUCUUCUCCUUACUCCUCCCUGUUGCUGGAGGGAAGACUUUUUCCUCUGCUGCCGUUCUCCUCCCUGAAGCUGCCGUGGCGUGGUCCCCCGUGGAGGGACAGCUGUUGCAAAGGAUGACUCACCUGCAGGCUGGCCUCUCUCCGGAGACCCUGGAGAAGGCCAAAGUGGAGCUGAAGGAGAACCCGGACACUUUACACCAGGACAUCCAGGAGGUCCGGGACAUGAUCAUCACCCGACCGGACAUCGGGUUCCUCAGGACGGAUGACGCCUUUAUCCUCAGGUUCCUCCGGGCCAGGAAGUUCAACCACUUCGAGGCGUUCAGGCUGCUGGCUCAGUACUUCGAGUACCGGCAGCAGAACCUGGACAUGUUCAAGAACCUGAAGGCCACGGACCCGGGAAUCAAACAGGCUCUGAAGGACGGUUUCCCAGGAGUACUGUCCAACCUGGACAGAUACGGACGCAAGAUCCUGGUCCUGUUCGCUGCCAACUGGGACCAGAGCAGGUACACAUUUGUGGACAUACUGAGGGCCAUCCUGUUGUCCCUGGAGUCCAUGAUCGAAGACCCCGAGCUGCAGGUCAACGGCUUCAUCCUCAUCAUCGACUGGAGCAACUUCACCUUCAAGCAGGCGUCCAAGUUGACACCCAGCAUGCUGCGGCUGGCCAUCGAGGGGCUGCAGGACAGUUUUCCUGCUCGUUUUGGAGGAAUCCACUUUGUGAACCAGCCCUGGUACAUCCACGCCCUCUACACCGUCAUCAGACCCUUCCUCAAAGACAAGACCAGGAAGAGGAUCUUUAUGCACGGCAACAACCUGAACAGCCUGCACCAGCUGAUCCACCCCGAGAUCCUGCCGUCGGAGCUCGGAGGAAUGAUGCCGCCGUACGACAUGGGCACGUGGGCCAGGACGCUGCUGGACCACGCCUACGACGAGGAGACCGACUACUGUCCCGAGUCCUACACCCUGUCGGUCCAGGACCUGGAGAGAGACCUGGAGAAAAACCUGUCCCCCAAAUCUAUGAAGAGGUCUCAGUCGGUGGUGGAGCCUGGCGUCCUGAAACGACCGGACAAAGUCAAGAGUGAGGAGGACAACAUGCAGCCGCUGCUGUCUCUGGACUAGAUGUUCACCUCCAAGAACCAAACAGGAAGCAGUAUUAACCACACACACACACACACACACACACACACCUGUGCACACACUGUAAGCCACACACACUUUUCCGCUGCUGCUGCUGCUGCUGCUGCUGCUGCUGCUGCUGCUGCUGCUGCUGCUGGUGGACUCUUCAACUGCAGCCCCUGUAAAGUGAUGUAAUGUGACAGAGAAAUGGACCAAUGAGACGAGAGGAGGACGCUCCCUUCAGACUGGGCGGUUCCUCACAGCUGUCAACAGUGUUCUCUCUCUCUCUCUCUCUCUCUCUCCAUCCAUAUAUAUACAUAUAUAUAAACAUAUAUAUAUGUAUAUAUUUGGAUCUAUUUAUUUAUUGACUUUCCAUUUCUGUCAAGUGCCAAUUCCCAAAAAAAAUUGAAAAUGUCGUCUUUGGAGGAACCCAGCAGGGAAUCAUCAGUUGGUCCACAGUGACUGGGAAGGAACUCCUCAGUGGAACGACGACUGGUUAUAGAUAGACGUGGAAAUCAUCCUGGAGGUCAUCCAGGAGGUCAUCCUGGAGGUCAUCCUGAGGUCAUCCUGGAGGUCAUCCAGGAGGUCAUCCUGGAGGUCAUCCAGGAGGUCAUCCUGGAGGUCAUCCUGGAGGUCAUCCUGCAGCUCAGAGGACUUGUUGUACAAAUAUGUGAAGAAACUGAGCAGUGUUUGAGCAUGAUGCUCAGGAGAAUCAGCCGUUAGCACCACCUUCAGGACAGGACGGUCAUUUACUGGGAUAAGGAGGGGCAUUUACGCUGACUGGUGACUUUGUACCUGAACUCCACCUUGGAAAGUACCCCCCUCCCCCGCCCCCAGUCGUUUAUGGUUCCUAAAAAUCUCUGCUUUUUCCGUCUUUUAGCUAUCCUCUCUUGAACUUCCUCGUUUCUCCACACGAGGGCAGUAUUUCUUCUUUCCUCGGAGCAAAAGCUUGAGAAGCUCCUGUGUCUUUUUAAACAACGACUGACGUCAAGGUCACGUAUUUAUUUGGCUGAAGAUGACCAAAAGAUAUAUUUUCAGACUCUGACCAAAUAAAAAUAGCUAAAGUUUUAUUUUAUAGAAGCAGCGACAAGGGCCAGCCUAUCGCCUCCUGCUGGUAACUUUGUGAGAAAAUUUGUUAUAUUUUUAGCAAUAAUAUUGAUCUGAUUCUGAAGUAUUUUUUCCUUUGGACUAGAGCUGUGUGUCAGGUUUAUGUGAGGUUUGAAGACCAAGGUGUUGAAGGAUUGUAGGUUUUUUAAGAUCUUUUUCUGCAUGUCCAUUAAGAGUCAGCUGUAAAAUAUUUGGUGUCACACACCCCAGAAUGUUGUAGAUUAAUUUUUGCAUAUUUUUCAUUUACAUUGUAUUUUCAUUUGAGACGAACAUCCAGGUGUUUAACAUGUAAUCCAAAGUAAGGGCCGCACCACCACGCCUCACCAUCACUGGAAACCGACGGGACAUUUAACACACAUCUGAGAUUGGUGGCAGAAUUUGAAGCAGUUAUGAUUUUUAUGCCUUCAUAUUUUUUUACAGAAAAUGCCAUCGAUUGUAAAUAAGAAAGGGACGACGACAUUUGUUUGUAAUUGUUUUGAAGCCUGAGGUCAGGGUCAUUGGAAAACCAGACUAUGGCCACACCGUGGGAAAAUGCAGGAUUGACGACCAUGGCUGCGUGCAUUUGUUGAGUGGAUGGCAGCUGUUUCAGGUGCAUUGUUGAUUGUAACCACUAGAGGCACUGUGGAGCAGUGUGUUCCACCGAAUGAGUCAGUGUUAAUCUGGUUGAUUUCUGUUUUCGUCAGCAGUCGUUCAGUCUGACCCACAGAAUGACACAAAGUUUGACUCCUGGAUCAGAGCUGAAGGAAUGGAAGGAUUGAUUUGUUUUACUGUGGUGCAAAACCAAACACAGAAUGUAAGUUUUAUCCACGACAGCCUUGACAUCUGUAAUGUCACUGCAUUUAUAUGAUCACAUGUAAACACACCAGGUCCACAGACACCAGACCCACAGACACCAGGUCCAAACCUUUAGUAUUUAUUCAACCCUAGACAGUAUUGUAAUAAAACAGUGAGCUGAAACUGUGGUAGUUUGUUAAUGAUGCCACGUGGUGGCAGUGUUUAGCACACGGGCCUUAAGACCUUUUCUACAGAGUUUGUUUUCCAUGUUCUCACUGAGCUUCUUCUCCUGGAGGGUUUCCAGUUUCUUCCUCUACAAAACUUUUUGACUUUUUUCUGGAUUACGGUGGGUAGAGUGGUUAGUGCUGUUGCCUUACGGUAGACGGUCCCAACGUACUGUGUGUGCAUUUGCAUGUUGUCCCGUGUCCUCCACCUGUACAUCCAUUCACCCCUUGUCCUUUCCCGUCCCUGCUCCUCUUUCCAUCACUUUUUUUUCCGUGUCUCGACACAGUUCUCAGUCAACGGUCCACAAACGUUUAUGCUGCAAAGUGUAAAAUUCAAGACAACUGAAUGUGAGCGACGUGGACGAGGUGGUGGUGGUGAGCUGGUGAGGCUGAGCAGACUGUGAGUGGAUGAGAGCAGACAGCUGCAGUGUUGGAGCGUCACACCAACACACUGACAUGUCACAACAGCUGCAGGGUCUCCUCCACCACAGCACCCCCCUCAGCUCAGAGAGAGUGCUUCACUUUGAUGCUGAUGCUCACAGUAGGGCUUCAGUCAGAGGGAGGCCAGAACAACGCUGAUUAAUCAUAAUAAUAAUAAUAAUAAUAAAAACAACAUAACUUUGCAGUCACCAUUUUUAUUCAAUACCAUGUUUUAGGGUAAAUUCCUUCGUACUCUACCUUUAAACAGCUUCACGUCAUGAAAAGAUCAGUUUUGUAUUUUCAGCUCCUUCAAUUUUUUACCAACUCCUAAUUAUUUAUUUGCUCCUAAGUCACAGUAAAAUGAAAUGUUUUGGCUUGAAAACUUUUUGUUGACAUUUUUUUGUAUUUAUUUCUUUGUUGUUGAUUUUACAACAAUUUUAUAUAGUUGUAAAAAAAUGAACAGGGUAAAAAUGUAUUUUCAUCUUAAAUCAGCUGCUGGUUUUUCCCUCAUUUCUCCUCCAUCUCCUUCUCCUCCUCAGUGACUGUCAUAACUGGACUAGACCACACCUCCUCAGUGCUCACUGACUUUGACCAAUGUCUGAUUAGUUUCAGCCAAAGCCAGUGGUUUGAUGUGAGCGCUCAUUGUUUCUAAUGAUCACUGUCACUGUCUGUGCUUCAAAGGUGUCAACACUGAAUUCAAAUGUUUUUAUUUGUUUGUUUUUUUAAUUCCUGCAAAUGAAUGCAUAACUUUCAGUUGUGGUAUUUAAAAACAGUAUAAAUAUAAAUAUAUCUAUUUAUGGAUUUCCACCUCACUGUUCUUUGAUUGUAUAGUGUGUGUACAGCAGCUGUGACCAGGUCAGAGGUCACGGCAGAAAAGUGUUCAGUUAGCAGCUGUUUUUGAAAACCUGUGUAAAUGUCUUCUGACGAGAGUUGUGUUGAAAACACGUCAUGUAAAAAUGGUCAGAAAUAAAAACAAAAACAAACAAA